GUGUGUUUGUGUGUGUCCUGGAGUGGAAAAAAGAGGGAGGUAAACUAUCAACAACAGCGUCCGUGUGGCGGGUGUGCAGAGGCGGGGAGGCCAGGGUUAUUCCCAGCCUUCCAGUAAAGUGUAAAGUGCCAUCUCCGCCCACGGGGGCUGGGAGAGGUGACCCUAGGGUUACGGGAGCUGAGCUUGGACCCAGGCGGGGCCUGACACCUAGCGGCUUCCCGGGUUCCGAAGUGGCGAGAGCAGAGAGGCUAGAGACCGGGAACCGAGGCGCCGCAUCCGCCCCGCCAACCACCGCCUGCCCACGCUGGUCCCGACGCUGCUGGGUCGGUGUGGCCGCCGUGCGCCCCCGAGUGCCCGCGCCAGGCGGUACUUCCGGCGCAGGUGACCGUCGCCUCCUCGUGCGCGCUACCGCCGCCGGGCCGUCGCGCUGUCACCAUGGCGACGCCGUCGCGCCGUGGCCCGCGGAACCGGCAGAGCGGCCCGGGCGCGGCGCGGCGCGAGGACGCGCACAGGCCGGGCGGCGGCGGGACCAGGAGCUGCUGUCAGAGAACUGGGAGGCAGCGCUGGAGCUGACCAACCCGAGGAGCUGCCUUGUCUAGCCAGAGUGGGACCUUUGAGUCCCACUGCCAGCCCUAAGCUGGGGUCAGCAUGGAGCCCGGUGGUGCCUCCGUCCCUGCUGCCUUGCCGUACUACGUGGCCUUCUCCCAGCUGCUGGGCCUCACCGUGGUGGCUGUGACUGGCGCAUGGCUGGGUCUGUACCGAGGUGGCAUUGCCUGGAACAGCUCGCUGCAGUUCAAUGUGCACCCACUCUGCAUGGUCAUAGGCAUGAUCUUCUUGCAAGGAGAUGCUCUCCUGGUGUACCGUGUCUUCAGAAAAGAAGCCAAACGCACGACCAAGAUCCUGCACGGGCUGCUUCAUGUCGUUGCUCUCAUCAUCACCCUGCUGGGCUUGGUGGCCGUGUUCGACUAUCACAGGAAGAAGAGCUAUCCAGACCUGUACAGCUUGCACAGCUGGUGUGGGAUCUUAGUCUUUGUUCUUUAUUUUGUGCAGUGGCUUGUGGGUUUCAGCUUCUUCCUGUUCCCCGGAGCUUCGUUCUCUCUGCGGAGCCGGUACCGCCCACAGCACAUAUUUUAUGGCGCCACCAUCUUCCUUCUUUCUGUGGGCACAGCCCUCCUGGGCCUGAAGGAGGCGCUGCUGUUCAAACUUGGGACCAAGUACAGCAAGUUCGAACCCGAGGGGGUCCUGGCCAACGUGCUGGGCCUGCUGCUGGUCUGUUUUGGGGUGGUUGUGCUCUACAUCUUGGCUCAAGCUGACUGGAAGCGGCCUUCCCAGGCUGAAGAGCAAGCCCUCUCCAUGGACUUCAAGACGCUGACAGAGGGAGACAGCCCCAGUCCCCAGUGACAGCCUUGGGUGAUCCUCCCGGUUCUGUGGGUUCUUGGAUAUCUUUCUGCCCCUCCCUGCAGAGCCUGAAACUUUAGGUCUAGGAGUGCCUGCCGGGCAGUGGUGUUAGUUUAGUGGGAUUUCAGGUUUUGGCUUUGUCCUCUGCUUUUCCUUCCUGCUUGCAGCUUCUGAUGCAUCCUGUGAGCCACGUGUGGGCCCGCCUGUACCCCCUGCUGCCCAUUCACUUGCAGGAAGCUUGAUCAGGGGCACUGGGGUCAAGCCUGGUCCUGAUCCUUAGGGGAGCUAGCUCCACCCUCCAGGCAGCUGCUGGCUGGGGGCCGAGGGACUGGUGUGGAAAAGCCAAGCCUGCUGCUUGUGCAUUCAACCCAGGAGUCCUAGCAGCUCGGGAAGCACGCGUCCUUGGCAGUAGAGCAAGUGAUACGAUGUGUAAAGUAUGCUGGUGUUCAGACUGAGGUUCCCCCAAAGGGUUGAGUCUGGCCCCUGAAAGAGCCAUGUGGCUUGGCCAAAGGUCCACACUGUCGUGGACCUUUCUGGUCUUUAACUCCUGAGCCUUAAAUAGGCUUUUCAGGGAAGGGACUAGGUGCUCAGAACUUAAGUAUGUACCUGCCCUGGUGGAUGAGGGCAGGCUGCUGGUGGCGAGGGGCCUCCUGCUGUCCACCCAGCAGUUCCUCUCUUCAACAGGGACUGAGCCCUGGUUUCCUUCUGCAGGCCAGCCUGGACAGGGUCCAGGAGGGCAGGUCGCAUACCUUCUGCUGUUUGUCUUGCUCUCCAGGGGGGUUCUGGGUUGCCCCGACUUGACUGAAGCAGCCCUGGAGGAUUAUUGUCCUCCCACACCUGGGUCCAUCUUCCCUGGACAAUAGGACUGAAGUGGACAGAGGAAUGGGCUUGGUCUCCUGUGGUGUCUGCACACAGCUUCAACCCCUGCCGCCUGUUGUGUUGUUAGCUGAGUCACUGCUUGGCUUGAGUCUAGAAACAAUGUGAUUAGAGCAUUGGUCUCGUGCUUCUUGGGCUUGGCAACCGCUCUCUCCUCUCCUGGGCCUUGACAGACAUGGUUAAGUUAACAAGGAGAUUAGCAGUUUCUGAACCUGAUAAUUCCUUUAGGUUAAGAGGCCGGACUUCUGUCAGAUUUCUUGUAUAAUUGUGCGGUGGGUCUCUUUCUCCAGCAGUGGUGGAGCCCCCACUCCCUGGGGUCUCCCCCCCCCCUCCCCGAGGCUGCCCAUUACCCUGGCUCCUCCAGCUCACCAUUUGCAGGGAUGGUGGGUUUGCCUCCAGUUUCAAUUGAGUAUGCUGCAAGGAUAGGGAUCUUAUCGAUUCUUUCAUCAGCUGGCACACUGAAACAGUCGAAUGUUUACAUGUGGGAGACUUGUCUUUAGACAAACCCUGAGUACCAUUGUGAAUCUCCCGUGCCAGACUACACAGAAAACCAGAACUCAUCGAGAGCCUGUAAACUAGUCUUUCUGCCAAAGUGUAUGAUACAUGACUUAGGACCAAAGAAGGCCCCCAAGCAGAUGUGUGUGGUUUCUUGUGUUUGCCUGUGGCUGUCUCCUGUGACGUACAGUGUGUUGUUGGUGCAGCGGAUGAAUCAAUACAUUUUACAGCCGACUACUUGCCUUCUGUUUUCAUUUGUGGGGGCAAGAAAAGGACCCAAAGCUUUAUGCCGUCAGAUUCCGAAGUUAGUUCUACUAGGGAUGAGAGAAACUGUCCCCAGGGUGGGUACCGCAGAUAAAGUGACUGGCAGAUUCUCAGCACAGGACACACAGGUCUCUGUAUUGGUCGGGUUUGGCCCCCGUGGAGGGGAUCCUAGAGGGCUCUAGGAGGCCCAAGCAUGGCAAACAUGGCGCCCACAGUUCUUCUCUUACCCUUGUCUGCCAUUCCUCUGCCCUGCUAAACUGUAGACUUCAUCCUGAAAGCUAGUUGCGUCUAGUCACUUAUUUGGCCACUUCCUCCUCCUGAGGCUGACCAUUAAGAUCCAGCUAUCAAACUAUUGCAGUCCAGCAAUCAAAAGCCCCCUUUUGGUUACCCCAACUGACAUAAUCAAAACAAACCAACUCACCCCAACAUGGGGUUUCCCCUUGUACCUUUUAUAAACCGCCAUUUGCCUGUGGGCCACAGCUGUCGCCUCUCUAUCCAGAGGCAGGUCCUUUGUCUCUCCAGGGCAAAUACCCUUUCCCCUUCUCCGUCAUCCUCUAUCCCCUGUCUUUGUCUCUUAUUCCCUGUCCUCUGUCCCUCUGGGACAAAUAAAUCUCCUUUGUGCGGAGAACUUAGUCUUGGGAUGUCUUGUGCCAACUCUGAGGUCCUUUCAGAGCUUCCCUUGUUUUUUACCUGCCUGAGCCUGGGAAGGCUGGUGCCCAAGUACCUUGUCUGUUUGACCCUUUCAACAUCUCUCUCUGAUCCUUAAGAAGAGGAGAUUCUGUGUUAGGUUGGUUGUGUGACUCGUGCAGGAGCUAUGCUUAUGGAAGUUUGGGUCUCACUUGCCUUCCUGUGCAUGGUGGCACAUGUCUGACAUGUCUCAUCACGGCACAUGGCAGGCAGGAGGAUCGUGAGGCUGGUCUGGACUACAAGGGCAGACCCCGUCUUAAAAUAACAGGACUAGAGGUGGUAGAGUACUUGCUUAGCAUAGGCAAGGCCCUUGGUUCUGUAUCAGGACAAAUAAAACAAACAGAAAUAAAAACCCCAAUGACAGAAAUAAAGCUAAAAAUACCUUACUAGAGAGUUAUUUAUUUCUUUCUGUUUUAUGAGACAGGGUUUCUCUGUGUAACAGCCCUGGCUGUCCUGGAAAUCACUCUGUAGACCAGGCUGGCUUUGAACUCACAGAGAUCCACCUGCCUCUGCCUCCUGAGUGCUGGGAUUAAAGGUGUGCACCACCACCACCCGGUUUGGAGCUCGCUAUCUAAGGGAGCUUACAGGAAACCCUCUCAUGAGUAAAGUGGUUUUCCGGCAUUUGUUCAGCUUUACGUCUGUUGCUGGUUGCUAUAUAGGAGCCAGAAUCAAGGUCUUUCCUCUAAACCAGUGGUUCUCAACCUUCCUAACUCUGUGACCCUUUAAUACAGUUCGUGUUGUAGCAACUCCCCCAACCACAAAAUUGUUUUUGUUGCUAUUUCAUAACUGUAACGUUGCUACUGUUAUGAAUCAUAAUGUAAAUCAUCUAUGUUUUCCAGUGCUCUUAGGUGACCCCUGUGCAAGUCAUUUGGCCCCCAAAGGAGUCAUGACCCACAGGUUGAGAAUCACUACUUUCAACCAAGGCUUCCUUGUGGACUUGCACUUCUUUAAAGGUAUCUAAAGCACAUUGCUUAGUGCAUGCACAAGCAGCUAUCAAUGUCAAACACAGGCUUCUCCCUGUGGGAGAAGGUAGAGGGAUCCUGAUUGUGAGUGCUAGGUCUCAUCUUACUUCUGGGUUUGGGGUGACCUUGAAUCCUGUGCUCUCAUUAUGAAUUUCCAAAUGAUGCCAGACAUUGGAGGCUAGGCUAUACCAGCGCUCUGACUCCUAUGCAGAUCUUAAGUUAGAUGAGAGCAAGGGAGGGCUCCCUCUGGCUGGCUUUGGAAUCCUGAGAGGUCCUCAUGUCAACUCUUUUGAAUUUGAGCCAUGUGUAGCAGGGUUUGCUUAUGGACGCAGUGCCUAGGCCUCUUUCCGUGCCCUUCUGAUGGUUUUCACCUUGACCACCCCUUUGAGAGAAGCAGCAGCGGGGUGGAGAGAUUCUGAGCUCUGCCUUCGCCUCUGAGCCCGUGAGAAACUUGAGCUCUGGCACAGCAUUCUGGAGAAAGGCCAUCUGUUAGAGGCUCGGGUAAAGAAGACACAAUUUUCCCUGAUCCUGGCUUUUAAAACCAGCCAUUGUGAACCCUUGCCAACUGCAACAGUGACCAGCCUGGAAAGAUGUCUGUUGGUAUCAUAGUGGCAUGGAUGUUCUGGGGGUAACCAACAGCCUCUGACUGAAUUUAAGGCCUGCUCCACAGUCAUGGCUCGUUUGGCCCAAGAACCUGUGGUAUCACUGGCUCUAGAGGUCAUUAAACUUCUCUUCUUUUGCUAAAUGGACAUAGUAUCAACUUAUUCUCUAAAUACUUAAGCAGCUCUAAAAUCUCACCAGAGAAGCUUCUCUUUACAGGAGAUGGCAGUUCUAUAAAAAAUGAUCAAAGUGUUGAGUGAUAAUACCUCAUCCCUCUCCCCGAGGCUCAGGGGUCAGUAUGAAGGAGGGGAGGUGCAGAAACAGCUUAAGUGCCAAGGAUUGCUGCUACAAAGUUAUCUUUGGACAUGACAGGGCCACUGCACACCAACUCGCAGCAAUGACAGCUGUAUGCACAUGACCUGCACUAGACCAAGCCAGCCAAAAGCCCAGGCCCCUAGCCGAGGCUCUAGCUGAUGGCUUCUGUGGAAAGAACAGUCUGUUGCUAGGUUACUCUUGCUCCAACAGAUGGCCUGACAUCCAGCACAUACUUGUAGCACUAACUAGACUCAGUGAGUGAAAAAAAACAUGAAGUUGAGAGGAAUAUAUGGAAGAGGUCUGGGAGGAGUCAAGAGGGCCUGAGGGUGGAUAUGACCAAAAUAAACAUGCAUGAAAUUCUCAGUAAGUAAAAACUGUUUUUAAAGAGCUGCCAAGAAAGGUAGGAAGAAACAAGUUUAGAGGCUGUGGCAGUGCCCCCCCCCCCCCCCCGUGUUUGAUGGAGCAGCCUGUGACAUAUUCUCGGCCAUGUGCUUUAAAUACUUCUAAGCAAAUAAGGUUCAUAUAGGGAGCCUUGCUCCAGGCACCUUGAUGAAAGUGGCUUGCUGCGUGUGGUAGGAGUGUCAAGUCCCUAGCUCCGUCUCUGGGUACAACGCAGCCUGGAUGAGAGAACGACGCUGCGCCUGUUCUUCCGGCCGGCCGUUACCCUGGGCUUUCCAGGCCACUCGGUUUUGUCUUACUUCUGGGGACAGGGUGACUCGGUCAUCAGGGGCUCCAUGCUCCUGUGGCUUGACUUUUAGGCUCUCCUGCUCUCCUCCCCUCCACUGGAUGCUGCCUGACUUUUCCCAGCCGGUGGAGUCUAGCUUCUUCAUAGACCAGCAUAAGGCAGCCAGCAAGAGACGGAGUAAUGAGCACUUCUGAGAACCCAUGAGAACAUCUGCUGCUCACCGUUUCACUGAUUGGCUUUUCAUCUAGGAAAAUUCUUUUAAGAAAUUAUUUUCCUCAAUUCUACCUUGUUUUAUUCUUUCAGUGCUCCAGGAAUCCUUUAAAAGCUUUAAAAUCCUUUAAAAGCUUUCGCAAACUUUAAAAAAUUUCUAUGGGCUGGAGAGAUGGCUCAGUGGUUAAGAGCACUGCCUGCUCUUCCAGAGGUCCUGAGUUCAAUUCCUAGCAACCACAUGGUGGCUCACAGCCAUCUGUAAUGAGGUCUGGUGCCCUCUUCUGCCCAGCAAGCAUACGGAC